AUGGGGAACACUAAUUCUUCAACGUCGGUUUCUUCGAUGUCGCCCUGGCGCAGCACCCAAAUCAGCCAUGCCGCCUCUGAGGCAACAAGGACUCUCUCUGGCAAGAUACCACCACCCCGCAGCACCUUUCUCUCCGUCACGAAGACAUCCGAUCAUGAGAGCUCCAGUCAUACAUCUGCCGUGCGAACCUUGACUUUUUGCGAGUGGGACUGGAUCGGCUCCACCACCUCCUGCAGCGCCUGGACCGAAACGUACCGUCCGUCUAUUCCUGUCCCAAGUUCAUCGAUGGACUGCGAUACGCCUCUGCCGACACGGAGUCACUCCCACACAUCCACGGGAUACACAUGCACAGAUUAUUCGUGCGUCAGCUCAGUCAUCGAGUCCCUGGGGUUCUCGCUGUGCAUUCCCACGUACACUCUCGAGCCGCCAUACACAUCCAGCGCGUGCUACAGUUCCGAUUGCGACCCGUAUGCAACUGAAACGACAGAAUGCGACUCUUGCUACCCUACGACCUACACGGAAGAGCCCACUGACUAUCCUACAACUGAUGAAUUCGCGACACCAACUAGCGAAAUUACUGACGGGUCCCCAACCCCGACAGGCGAGACCACAUACUACCCGGAACCGACUGAGUUCUCGCCCACGGACGAAUACCCAACGCCGACUGACUAUCCCACGGACGAGUACCCAACGCCAACCGACGAUCCAACUGACGAAUAUCCGACCACAGCAUACACUACUGAUGACGUGCCAACGACAUCAAUAGAGAUCGAUACGUCGGAGCCCGUCUUUACCCACGAGACAACACAUAAAUCAGUUAUAGAGCCAUCUGUUACAGACACCGCUCAUUGCGUAGAAGACUUGAAUUGCCCAGCGCCCACAGCCCCCACUCCCUGGCUGAAUACCGAACAUCACAGCCGUUCGGAGCAUCCGUACACAUUUCCCACGCCGCACACCAGUGUUGAGGAUGAGUGA